GGUGCUAGGCGCUGAGGCCCGCCACAUGUUUAUUUCCAAUCUGCACAUAAGGAAAUAUGACUUUCGAUUUUCGAGUCUCAUUCAUCAUUUGUUCUACUAAAUAAUGCAGCGAUAACUAAUUUGAGCGUGGAUUGAUCUUGUUACCUGCUCUCCCUGGAGUUCAGCCCCAUUUAGAAUUGCAUCAUUCCCAAGUCAAAGAUCAUCUGAAAUUGAAAUAGUUUUAUUCUGAAGUUCGAAAUCAGAACUAGAGGCGUGGAAAAUGGAGGAUGACCACUUUGAAGACUUUACCACUGCUUCAGAAUGGGAAUCAUUUACUGCAAAAUUGGAGCAGCUGUUGAGCGAAUGCAUGGCGAAACCUGUCGAUGACGACGUCAACGUGACCAACGGUUGGGUUGUGAUACAUGAAAAACUUACAUUUGCAGAUUUUCCCUUCAAAUUUUCAUACUACCGUUCAAAUUCUGCCGUGGCAUCCGAAGAUGUACCUUCUACUCAGGAAUUGAGACAUGGAAAUAAGAAAAUUGGUGACGAAGAAUCUCAGGUUCCAGGCUUUCUAUCAUCACUUACGAGACACGAUCCUGAGUUUCCUCCGAAAUAUGCUCCACAUAUCGUUUCCGAGUAUUUCAGUGUCCUGGAAUUUGCUGUGUUAUCUUCAGCUGGGAUUGAGGCAGUCUCACAAGAGUCCAGGUUAAAAGUCUUGUUAAGUUCGGCCUGUAUCGCAAUCAACAAUACGAAUUGCAAUUUUCCUGUUUUUGUCCAAUUCCAUCACUGGAGUCAGAAUUAUUUUUGUGGAAUCGCUGAAUCCUGUGGACUCCGUACUUCAUUUCAAAUGGUCAUGCUUCAGCCACCAAAUCCUGCCCUUCCAACCCAUUUAUCUGGUCUCCUUGAUAUACUGAAAUCGAAAAUUGGGUCUAACCUUCCUUGUCCGAUUGGAAUAUCAGCACAUUUCUUUUACAAAAUAAAUAGUUGGCCUCCAGAAAUCAAUUUUGACUCUUAUCCGCCAGAACUCUUUGAAAUUCUACGCCACACAGACACAAAAUUAUUGGAUAAUUGUGACAAAGCUGAUACUGACAGCGAUAAACCUUCCGCCUGGAGUCAGUUUUGUGCUCAUACGCAUAUUCUGCCGUUUGGAUCGUUGGAUGACCCUUUCUGUAGUAUGGAUCUUGUUGCUGGAUGGCCGAGCUUAGCUGAAGACGUUGUAGUUGAUUCGUCCAGCUAUUCAGAUUUGGAACCUGAAAACGCACAAGAAUGGUACUUUUCCAUUAAAUCCGAUCCGAAUGCAGAGUUUCGAUUGUUCGAGUUAGUAGAUGGAAUAUGGAAAUUAAAAAAUGAUAGAAGGACUGUAGAGCAAGUUUUAGGAAAACCAAUUGAUCCGCAAAAUGAUUCCCAAGAUUUUUCCUCUGCACUGGAAAAAAUCACCAAAAAUCAAGUUUCUCUUCAUGUUGCGGGCAUCAAUCAAGUCAUCGGUUCCACUAACCGACGACGUAGGGCGUAUUACAAUACUGAUCCAAACGCUUACGAAGACUUGGCUCCAUUGAAUAAAGCGCAUAUGGAUCUGGUAAUGGAAUUUCUAUUCCCAGAUGCCAAGAGAGAUUCGCAAUACCCUUAUUCCAAAACAUCGUUUCAAGAUACUCACAAAUUCAGAAAAGAGUAUGUCAAUAACAUUAUUGACUCGUUGGGUGGAGUAAAAUCAGCCCCAGUGGGAAGUUUAGUGUGGCGAAUUUCUCUGAUAAUGGGAUAUCUCCUUGCUUAUGGAGAACAAGGCUCACCUAGUGCUGUUUGUCACGUUUGGGCUGAACUUAUUUUGGAACUCCGAUACCGUGUUGAUAAUUGCAAGCUCAUAUGCGGGUUGGAAUCCGGAUCACCGAACAUUGGAUCGUGCCUAUUGAACCAGAAACUGCAAAUGCUCAAUUGUUGCAUUGCCAAGAAGAUGGCUCGAGAAAUGAAGCAAAAUGAGCAAGAAAAGUGCCCUGAAGAUGCAUUGGAAUCAGACGCAGAUAGUGAGGAUGAAUUCUUUGAUUGCGAAGACAAUGUGAAUAGUGUGGAGGGAAAGGAAGUAAUAAAAAUAAACAAGCCGUCGGGAAGAAUGCGAAAAAAUGGCAAGUUGAGAUUAAUAAAAAAUCAGGAACCUAUGUAUAUUCCUGAAACACAGGAUCCAGCACCUCUGACUGAAGAUGUGUUAGAGGAACAAUCUAAGGUUAUGAUUGAACUAGGCGAUGAUGCACAGGGCAGUGAGUUGAGGGCGAAAAUGAUGAGCGCGUCCUUACUUUCGGAUAUGGAGUCGUUUAAGGCUGCUAAUCCAGGUGCAGAAUUGGAGGAUUUUGUAAAGUGGUAUUCCCCACGAGAUUGGAUUGAAACAACUGGGACAACUGACAGUUUUGGUAAUGCUAUUGGUGAACUCAGCCCACGGAUGAAAGUUCCUGGAAACCUAUGGCUAGAAGUGUGGUCGACUGCUAAUCAAAUCCCUGCCCGUCGCCAGAAGCGGUUGUUUGAUGACACUAGAGAAGCUGAGAAGGUUCUUCACUGGUUAUCGACAAGAACAUUGAUGGACAUUUCUCAAUUGUUGUUCCCGUGUUUGGUACAUGCUGGAACUAUUAAAAUCAUGGAUGAAAUCGAUAAAUUACCUGUGAAUUAUGAGACGCCCCAAGGAUUCUCUCAAAAUGUUGUUCAACUUAGUAGGUGUUUCAGAUAUGCAACCCAACUGGAUUUGACUGCUGAUGAAAUGUCCACGAGUAGACGCCUUGUCAUGAAAAACUUUCAGCAGUGCGAAAAAGAAAUUACACAAAUUCGUUCUUUCCAGUUGAAAUUCCCAAAUGAAAAUAUCAACGACAUUUUGUAUCAAUCUAAUACUCGGAAUUAUUGUGGUAAUAAUUCCGAAUUAUUUCCGAAUUUCAUAAAAGUCCCGAAUGGGAAAAGAUCAGAACUUGGUACUCGUAUUUUUGACUUUUUUGUAACUUGCUGCGAGAAAAAUGAGGGCUCUAUUGAUGAGCCUGAAUUGAAUCGAAAAGUUUCAAAUUUUGACAAACCCUACAAAAAAGCUUUUGUCCUCAAGUAUGUACCACCACCUGGAAGGAUCAACGAUCCUAAUGGUAUCAUGGCCUUGCCACAACGUAUGAGCUGCCUUUUAAAGAGUGACACUUUUGUCCUCGCAGGAACAUUUUCAAACAAGACACAACUUUUGUAGAAAAUAUUAAUGUUAUAAAACAACCUGUGAUUAAUUUAGGCGACAUAACAUGAGACAUUUAAAUUCAUCAGAAAAUACUAAAACAUAUUACUAUAAUAAAUAUUACUGGUACAUAAAAUGUAUUCCAUGAAAUAAAGACAUUUCUUGAAACGAAAUACUAACAAGAUUUACAUGAAUAAAUAUUUGCCGUGUUUUCGUGACUAUA